ACGUGUAAAUGUCUUUACAGCAUUCAACCAGCCAACACGACCAUUACAUUGGCUUCACCUGCUUUUGACGGUUGGUGUCUAGAGGUACCAAGUCUUUAGGUGCCGGUAGAAAACCCCAUAUUGAGAAGAUCACCACUGUUAUGGUCCUAGGAAAAAAAGAAAGAGAAAAAAUGCUUGUCUACAAGUCCUUCAUAACUCUGUUGUUCCUCUCCUUGCUUAGCUUUACCAUUGGAGCACAACAAACUUACCUCGCCCAUAGCUGUUCGAACGCAACCACUUUUCCCACAAACGGUACUUACCAAGCCGAUCUCAAUCACCUGCUUUCCUCUCUAUCCUCCAACGCCACCCGCGGCAAUCGAUUCUAUAGCACAACCUCUGGCAGAAACUCUGACGUGGUCUAUGGGCUGUUUCUCUGCAGGGGUGAUGUUUCGAAUAGUGGCUGCGAAGAAUGUGUCUCUACUGCCAUCAACGACGUCACUCAACUUUGUGCUGUUGAAAAAAUUGCUGUGAUUUGGUAUGAUGAUUGCCUCUUGCGUUACUCAAAUCAAUCUAUCUUUUCCAUCGCGACCAUUGUACCUGCAAUCUAUAUGUUGAACACGGGAAAUGUCUCGGACCAAGAGCGUUUUAACCAGAUACUGGCUGAUACGAUGAAUAAUGCAGCAACCCUGGCUGUAAAUGCUACGUUAGGUUUAAAAAACUUCGCGACCAGAGACGCGAAUAUUUCAGGGUUUCAAACACUGUACAGCCUUGUGCAGUGUACUCCUGACCUAUCAAGCACGGAUUGUAAUACAUGUCUGCGAGGAGCUAUAGCGGCUCUGCCUAAUUGUUGCAGUGGAAAGCAAGGGGGAAGAGUGCUGACUCCUAGCUGCAACAUUAGAUAUGAACUUUACCCGUUCUAUAAUCAAACCGCAGUUUCAGUUCCGGCACCUCCGUCUGUGAUAACUCGUCCUCCAGCAGCUCCAGGAAAAAGCCAAAAUUCGUGGCAAAUAAUUAUUGCCAUUGUUGCUCCAAUUUCUGCCUCUGUUUUGCUUUUUUUCGUGGGUUGUUGUCUAUUAAAAAGGAGAGCAAGGAAGUACAAAGCUAUAGAAGGAGAAAAUGCAGGAAAUGAUAUAACCACAAUAGAGUCACUGCAGUAUGAUUUUAGCACGAUACAAGUUGCCACAAACAACUUCUCAGAUAGGAACAAGCUAGGAGAAGGUGGUUUUGGUGAAGUUUACAAGGGUACCCUUCCUAGCGGACAAGAGAUAGCUGUUAAGAGGUUAUCAAGAAGUUCAGGGCAAGGGGUGGAGGAAUUUAAAAAUGAGGCUGUAUUGGUUGCCAAGCUUCAACACAGAAAUCUAGUGAGACUACUCGGAUUUUGCUUGGAAGGAGAAGAAAAGAUACUCUUGUAUGAAUUUGUGCCCAAUAAAAGUCUUGACUAUUUUCUUUUUGAUCCUGCAAAACAAGGACAAUUGGAUUGGUCAAGACGUUACAAGAUCAUAGGAGGGAUUGCUCGAGGAAUGCUUUAUCUGCAUGAGGAUUCUCGGCUUAGAAUCAUACACCGGGAUCUCAAGGCCAGCAAUAUAUUAUUAGAUGGUGAAAUGAAUCCAAAAAUUUCAGAUUUUGGCAUGGCAAGGAUUUUUGGUGUUGAUCAAACUCAAGGAACCACCAGAAGAGUUGUUGGUACCUAUGGCUACAUGUCUCCCGAAUAUGCAAUGCAAGGGCAGUUUUCUGUGAAAUCAGAUGCAUAUAGUUUUGGCGUUUUAGUUCUCGAAAUUAUUAGUGGCCAAAGGAACAGUAAUUUCUAUCAAACAGAUGGUGCUGAGGACCUCCUUAGCUACGCUUGGAAACAUUGGAAGGAUGGGACGCCAUUGGAAUUGUUGGAUCCUAUUCUGAGGGAUACUUACUCUAGAAAUGAAGUCAUUAGAUGCAUCCAAAUUGGGUUAUUAUGUGUUCAGGAAGAUCCAGUUGACAGGCCUACGAUGACUACCAUUGUUCUCAUGCUUAACAGUUACUCUGUCACACUACCAUUACCUAAGCAACCGGCAUUUUUCCUUCACAGCAGAACAGAGGGAAGUAUGCCAAACAAGGAGAUGGAAUCUGAUCAAUCCACUAGUCGAUCAAUGCCAUGGUCUAUCAAUGAGGCAUCGAUUACUGAAUUAGACCCUCGGUAAAGUGAGUUAAUAGAUGCUUCCUCAGUAUAGAAAGCAAUCUGCCAAUGUUGAAUAAGUCCUUUUUCUGCCAUUGCUGUGAAUAUUUGGUACGAUUAAGUAGUGGUACUUGUGUACUUGAUCCAGUCACUUUAUGUAUGAACUGGACAUACAAGAGUUAUUUACCCCCAAAAUCUUGAUAUUCUGUAGUAUUCUACAUGUUUUAUUAAAUCAACUAAGCUGCUCAUCAUUUGUCUCUUGCAGUUUUAUAUGCUAAUGAAGAAGCUAUAUUUAACCCGUAAAUGUGCUUAUUGUAGAAUUAUCUUGGCUUGAACAAUUUAUUUGGGGGAGCAUAAUUUUCCCCAAGAGAAAACAAAAGUAAAUGUUUUCAAACGAAUCAGCAUUAGCACUACUAUAUAAAUGAACUUAUAACAGUUAAGUUGAAGAAACAGUAGCUAGCAGCCUGAUGAUAGUUACAUUUCUAUAAGAAUUUUAUACAACAAUUAAUUGAUAUCUUUACUGUUAUUUUUGAAAUCAUGAAUGUAGCAAACUCCAUAGUUUUCUGUGUCCAGAGAUCCUAUUUCCUUUCCAAUGCACUACCUCCUGGGAAUUGAGGUGACACGUAAGAGAUACUACGGCGAAGCUGAGUACCCACUUCAUAAGACUACAUUUCUCUUUCUCAAUUAACACCACUAUCCUUUAAAAAAAAAAAAAAAAAA